GUAGGACAGCUGGUCUCUCAGCUCCAGCAGCACAACAGGCUCCACAAGGGCCACUUGUGUGCCAGAGGCUGGGGUUUUUGGAAAUAAGUCAUACAGUGUGUUAGAAAGUGAAAGGGGUGGGAGGAAAGUGAAGCGGGGUGAGAUGGCUUUAUCCUAUCCCCCAUCUUCUAGAUUAGGGACUGAAGGGCCACCCCCUUUCCUGGAAUAAGAAAAGUGCACUAUCUGACUCAUCACUCAGGCGGCUGAUUUAUGGUGUAGGUAUCAGUUUGGGAGGGGCAGGGCCUGGUCUAUAAAUAGCGCCCCCCCCAGCAUAAAUUGGAGGGACAGAGCUUUGGAGAGGGAGAAGUUCUCUGCUUCCUUGGAAGUCCCCCAGGCGAGGAAGCUGCUUUUCUGUCUUCUGCCACCUUCCCCUCUAGACCUUCAUCAACAUGUCCCUGGUUGCUGUCCCCUUCUACCAGAAAAGGCACAAGCACUUUGACCAGUCGUAUCGCAACAUCCAAGCACGCUACCUCCUGGAUGAAUACACAUCGAAAAAGAGGUCUUCAGCCCGGUCCUCCCAGCAGUCCUUUGCUCAGACUUCAUCAUCCAAGAGAGCAUCCAGCCAGAAGUCAACUGGAGGGACCACCUGCAGACUCUGUGCCAAGAGGGUGUCAGAGGAGGAGGAGGAACAUGCAGAGGGAAGGUACCGCUCAUCAACAGCGGCCUAUGGAGAGGCCAAGCGGCAGCGCUUCCUGGGAGAGCUGGCCCGGCUGGAGGACAGUGUCCACCUAGCACGCUUGCAGGCCCAGGACCAGCUGAGCAAGCAUGCCUUCCAAAGUGUGCAGCUGCAAGACAGGCAGGCCUGGCAGAGCUACACCCGGGAGGAGCGCAUGCGCAGGGCCCCAGAGAUCCUGGUGCGCCUGCGGUCCCAUACGGUCUGGGAAAAGAUGUCUGUGACACUGUGCUUCACUGUGCAAGGCUUCCCCACUCCCGUGGUGCAAUGGUAUAAAGAUGGCCAUUUGAUCUGCCAGGCGGGGGAGCCGGGGAAGUACCGCAUCGAGGGCAAGUAUGGAGUGCACACAUUGGAGAUCCACAGGGCUGACUUUGAUGACACUGCCACCUACUCAGCGGUGGCUACCAAUGCGCAUGGACAGGUGUCUACGCACGCCGCUGUGGUGGUGAGAAGGUACCGGGGGGAUGAUGAUCUGCUCCACUCCGUUGGAUUGCCCAUUGGAUUGCCCCUGUCCUCGGUGAUCCCAUACACCCACUUUGACGUCCAGUUCUUGGAGAAAUUCGGGGUGACCUUCCGAAGAGAAGGAGAGACACUUACUCUCAAGUGCACACUGCUGGUGACCCCUGACCUGAAGAGGGUGCAGCCACGGGCUGAGUGGUACCGAGACGAUGUGCUGGUGCAGGAGUCCAAAUGGACCAAGAUGUUCUUCGGAGAAGGCCAGGCUUCCCUGUCCUUUGGUCAUUUACACAAGGAUGACGAGGGCCUCUAUACCCUGAGGAUCGUGUCCAGGGGUGGUAUCAGUGAGCACAGUGCCUUCCUGUUUGUGCGAGAUGCGGACCCACUGGUAACAGGGGCCCCUGGAGCACCCAUGGACUUGCAGUGUCACGAUGCCAAUCAGGAUUACGUCAUUGUCACUUGGAAGCCACCCAACACGACCAUGGAGAGCCCUGUCAUGGGUUACUUCAUUGACCGGUGUGAGGUGGGGACCAACAACUGGGUGCAGUGCAAUGAUGCCCCAGUAAAGAUCUGCAAAUAUCCGGUGACUGGGCUGUGUGAGGGCCGAUCUUAUAUCUUCCGUGUGCGAGCUGUUAACUCCGCAGGGGUCAGUCGGCCCUCUCGGGUCUCUGAUGCAGUGGCUGCCCUUGACCCUGUUAACCUGAAAAGAUUACAAGCCUUCCACUUGGAGGGAGAUAAAGAAAUUGUUAUCUGUCAGGAUGACCUCGAAGGUGAAGUCCAGAUCCCAGGCCCUCCCACCAAUGUGCAUGCCUCAGAAAUCAGUAGAACAUAUGUGGUGCUCAGCUGGGAGCCACCUGUCCCCCGGGGCAAGGAACCGCUGAUGUAUUUCAUUGAGAAGUCCAUGGUCGGCAGCGGGAGCUGGCAGAGAGUCAACGCGCAGACAGCAGUGCGGUCCCCACGUUACGCAGUCUUUGACCUCUCUGAGGGGAAGCCGUACGUGUUCCGGGUUUUGUCAGCAAACAAACACGGCCUGAGUGACCCCUCAGAAAUCACACCUCCCAUCCAGGUGCAGGAUACCAUCGCGGUCCCUUCAGCCCCGGGCCGGGUGCUGGCCUCCCGGAACACCAAGUCGUCAGUGGUGGUUCAGUGGGACCGGCCGAAGCAUGAGGAAGCCCUGCUGGGCUACUACGUGGACUGCUGUGUGGCAGGGAGCAAUGUCUGGGAGCCCUGCAACCAUAAGCCCAUUGGCUACAACAGGUUUGUGGUGCAUGGCUUAACAACUGGAGAGCAGUACAUCUUCCGAGUAAAAGCUGUGAAUGCUGUUGGGGCAAGUGAGAAUUCGCAGGAAUCUGACAUCAUCAAAGUCCAGGCUGCCCUCACCGUGCCUUCCUACCCUUAUGGGAUCACGCUGUUGAAUUGUGAUGGCCACUCCAUGACCCUGGGCUGGAAGGUGCCUAAGUUCAGUGGCGGCUCAGCCAUCUUGGGUUACUACCUGGACAAGCGGGAAGCCUACCACACAAACUGGCAUGAGGUCAACUCCACGCCCAUCAAAGACAGGAUCUUCAAGGUGGAGGGCUUGACAGAAGGCUCACUGUACGAGUUCAAGAUUGCUGCCACCAACCUAGCCGGGAUUGGGGAUCCAUCAAAUCCCAGCGAGCUAUUCAAGUGUGAGGCCUGGACGGCUCCGGAGCCUGGUCCUGCGUACGACUUGACCUUCUGUGAGGUCAGGGAUUCCUCGCUGGUCCUGCUCUGGAAGCCCCCCGUGUACUCAGGCAGCAGCCCUGUGUGUGGUUACCUGGUGGACUACAAGGAAGAGGAAUCCGGAGAGUGGCUUACCGCCAAUGAGGCAACCACAGCCAAUCGUUACUUGAAGAUCUGUGACCUGCACCAAGGGAAGACCUACGUGUUUAGGGUGCGUGCGGUGAAUGCAAGUGGGGAGGGGAGGCCAUCGGACACGUCGGAACCGGUGCUGGUGGAGGCCAGGCCAGGGACCAAGGAGAUCAGUGCAGGUGUGGAUGAGGAGGGCAAUAUCUACUUGGCCUUUGAUUGCCCAGAGAUGACUGAUGCUUCCCAUUUCACCUGGUGCAAGGCCUAUGAGGAGCUGCCAGAGGAUGAGAAAUUCCAUGUGGAAACUGCGGGGGACCACUCCAAGCUGUACUUCCGGAAUCCAGAAAAAGGGGACCUGGGGACCUACUCUGUGUCUGUCAGUGACACAGAUGGCAUUUCUUCCAGCUUUGUCUUGGAUGAGGAAGAGCUUGAACGUCUGAUGGCACUGAGCAACGAAAUAAAAAAUCCCACAAUUCCUCUGAAAUCAGAAUUAGCUUAUGAGAUUUUUGAUAAGGGGCAGGUGCGCUUCUGGUUGCAGGCUGAGCACCUAUCACCCGAUGCCAACUUCCGGUUCAUUAUUAACGACAGAGAAGUCCCCAACAGCGAGACACACAGGAUUAAAUGUGACAAAUCAACUGGUAUUAUCGAGAUGGUCAUGGAUCGAUUCACGAUUGAGAACGAAGGAACUUACACGGUGCAGAUUCACGAUGGAAAAGCCAAAAAUCAAUCUUCCCUGGUUCUUAUUGGAGAUGCAUUCAAGGCUGUUCUGGAUGAGGCUGAAUUUCAAAGGAAAGAAUUUCUCCGGAAACAAGGUCCUCACUUUGCUGAGUAUUUGCACUGGGAUGUUACAGAAGAAUGUGAGGUCCGCCUUGUCUGCAAGGUUGCCAAUACUAAGAAAGAGACAGUUUUCAAGUGGCUAAAGGAUGAUGCUCUGUAUGAGACUGAGACACUGCCCAACCUGGAGAGGGGACUGUGUGAGCUGCUUAUCCCCAAGUUGUCAAAGAAGGACCAGGGAGAAUACAAAGCGACCUUAAAAGAUGACAGAGGUCAAGAUGUGUCUAUUUUGGAGAUAGCUGGCAAAGUGUAUGAUGAUAUGAUUUUGGCAAUGAGCAAAGUCUGUGGGGCCUCAGCUUCUCCCUUAAAACUCCUUUGCACCCCUGAGGGGAUACGGCUUCAGUGUGUGAUGAAGUAUUUCACUGAGGAGAUGAAGGUGAACUGGUACCACAAAGAUGCUAAGAUUGCAUCCAGCGAGCACAUGAGGAUUGGAGGAAGUGAGGAGAUGGCCUGGUUACAGAUCUGUGAACCCACGGAGAAGGACAAAGGAAAAUACACAUUUGAGAUUUUUGACGGCAAAGACAACCACCAGCAUUCACUCGACCUUUCUGGUCAAGCAUUUGAUGAAGCCUUUGCAGAAUUCCAGCAACUCAAGGCUGCUGCCUUUGCAGAGAAGAAUCGAGGCAAAGUGAUUGGUGGCUUACCUGAUGUAGUGACAAUCAUGGAAGGCAAGACAUUGAGCCUGAGCUGCACUGUAUUUGGAAACCCUGAUCCUGAGGUGGUGUGGUCCAAGAAUGACCGGGACAUUGAGAUGAGCGAGCACUUCUUUGUGAAGGUGGAGCAGGCCAAGAAUGCCAGCUUGACCAUCUCAGGCGUGAGAUCUGAGGACUCGGGCAAGUACAGCAUCAGCGUGAGGAACAAGUAUGGGGGUGAGAAGAUUGACUUCACUGUCAGCGUGUACAAACAUGGCGAGAAGAUCCCUGAUGUGGCAACGCCCCAGCAGGCUAAGCCCAAACUCAUCCCUGCUUCCACAUCCUCAGCUGCUGAGUGAUGGGCUCCCCUAAAGAUGGGCUCCCCAAAGGAUGGUGUCCAAGUCCUGUGCCUGAGCCCAGCACAAAUUGUGCAAUUUGAUGAGUGUGCACAUUAUCAUCAUGCUUGGCACUUUCAUUCUGACCUUAGAUUGCAUCCAGUUUAUGUCCCUCUAAGGGGAAAGCUAGCUGGCACCAGGUUAAGUGGUGUCUGUGUGCAGAUACUCACAGGAGCAUGGGUGGGCGAUGUUAACUCAGGUACCAUUGGCAUCAGCAUGUGAAGUUCAGAGAAAAGCCAUCCCCUUCUCUCACCCCUGCAUUUGUACUCCUUAGUGGUGGCAAGAUCCUGAAGCUCUGAAAAUGGAGUUGUGGGGAUUCUGAUACAUGUCUCACCUGGUAAUGCUAUUUCCUCUGGCUUUAGAAAAAUAAAAAACUUUAAAGGUAA